ACUGUACCAGUUAAUCCUAAACCUUUCUUGAACAAUUUGACUGGAAAGCCUGUCAUGGUAAAACUCAAGUGGGGAAUGGAGUACAAAGGUUAUCUGGUCUCUGUGGAUUCAUACAUGAACUUGCAGUUGGCUAAUGCUGAAGAAUAUAUUGAUGGGCAGUUCACUGGAAGUCUUGGAGAGAUAUUGAUCAGAUGUAACAAUGUUCUCUAUCUUCGCGGCGUACCAGAGGAUGAAGAAAUAGAAGAAGCUGAUCAAGACUAG